CUCAAACGGCAGCCAAGAGAAUUAGUCAGCUAAAGGAAUUUUUCAAGGCAUGCAUCUUCAAUGUCACUCUGAUAAAACUAUAACCACAAGGCGGCCGCUUUCAGGGCUUGACUACAACUAGCUGGAAGCAGCAGCCGCUAGUUUAAUUCCGAUAAGCACAGCAAGUAGAUCACAUUUGUAGCUACGAUUUACGUUCCAAUGUGGCUCAAAACGUUUUGUUUGAUAUUUUUGUUCAGUUCAGCAACUAAAGUUAUACAAAUUCAUUCACUAGAGAAUGGAAUUUGUAAAAAACGUGUCGAGACAUAUUUCAGCAAGAGCUUUGAAACGCAAAGAAGUGGACAAGUCAAGUGCUGGGGCCGGGCAGUUCCAUAUUUCUAUACAGACAGAACAUGUCAGUUGGGUACUACUAGUCUAGAAAUAUAUGAAUGCUGCAAUGGAUAUUACAACAAUACGCUCGGAGAGUGUUUGCCUAUUUGCACGAAACCUUGUGAAAAUGGGUAUUGCUCAAGUCCGAAUACCUGUACAUGUAAUGGUGGAUUUUCAAAAACUAGCGGAGUAUGCCGGCCUACAUGUCGUCACUGUACAAAUGGAAUUUGUGUAGCUCCAAACCAAUGUAUCUGUAUGAAAGGAUUUGAGCGAAAUAACGCUGGUUUGUGUGUUCCGAAGUGUAAUGGAAUCUGUUUAAACGGUGUUUGUGACAACAAUGGUGACUGCAUUUGUCAAGAAGGAUACUUUCGAAGCAAUCUGCUUGCUAACUUUGAUGGACUGGCUAACGCAACACUUUGCACACCCAACUGCGAUAAGCCUUGUCUGAACGGACAAUGUAUAGGGCGCAAUCUGUGUCAAUGUUUCGAAGGGUUCCGAUCCUCCUCUUCUAGUGCAUUUGAAUGCGAACCAAUUUGCCUUGUUGAUUGCAUAAAUGGUAAAUGUAUUCUUCCGAAUUACUGUCAAUGCGAUAAGGGUUAUCAAUUCGUCGACGAUCAUUGCUCUCCCAUAUGCGAUCCCCCUUGCGAAAACGGUGUAUGUGUGGAGCCUAGCAAAUGCGUAUGCCAAGAAGGUUACUCCAGUGAAAAUAUAAAAAUGCAUAACUGCUUGCCAGUUUGCCAUAACCCCUGUAAAAAUGGCACUUGUGUAGCUCCUAAUCAAUGUGCAUGUAAUAAUGGCUAUGUGAGCUCCUUUAAUGCAUCUGGUUUCGACCAAUGUGUUCCUUUCUGUGAUUCUCAGUUUAUUGAGAUGCACAAUGGUCAGUGUAUCGCUCCUAAUGUAAUUCAAUGUGAUGAUAAUUAUACUUUAACUUCGGAUAGAGCUAGCAAAAAACUAAGCUGUCAAAAAGAAUGUUAUCCGUCAUGUGUUAAUGGGCGCUGUAACGAGGAUGAUCAAUGUGAAUGCCUAAGCGGAUUCGUUCAAGCAAUUAUAAAUAGCCCACAUAUUUGCACCCCUAUAUGUGAUCCUCCUUGCGAAAAUGGACAUUGUGUUGCUCCUAACGUUUGCAAAUGCCAUGAAGGACACGAAACACAUCUUGAAAAUUCAAAUGUUUGUUUACCAACUUGUGAUCCACAGGUGGUAGACUGUACGAAUGGGGUAUGUGCAUCUAUUAAUACAUGUGAAUGCAACGAAGGAUAUAACUUGGUGAAGGAUGAAUCUAUGGUUCUAUCGUGGAAUGAGUCGUCCCAGUUACGCUGCUUGCCUAUCUGUAAUUAUUUACCCGUCUACUCUGAAUGUGUUGCUCCCGGAAUGUAUCAUUGUCUUGAGGGCUAUGCAAAAAAAAUAGAUGAUGAUUUGGAUUACUGUAUUCCAGUGUGUGAGAAAAGAUGUCAUAAUGGUUCUUGUACCGCUCCUAAUGUAUGCACUUGUUCCGAAGGAUUCAGAAAAAAUGAUUACGACGACUGCCAGUCAAUCUGUGAAAGUGAUUGCGAAGGUCUUAGCGGAACGUGUGUUGAAAACAAAUGUCAGUGUUUUGAAGGUUACAAUAAUCUUAUCAAUAAUUAUCAAUGCUCACCUACCUGCGAUCGCUGUGAAAAUGGUGAUUGUAUUGCGUUAAAUGUUUGCAACUGCUUUGACGGAUACAGCUCCAAUAAAACAGGGGUAUGUGAACCUAUUUGCAACAACUGCAGCGACACAGCUAUUUGUCAGGAACCUAACAAAUGCUCAUGCUAUGAAGGAUGGGAGCCAUCACUAGAUGAAGAGAAUAAAUUGAUUUGUAUCGAAAAGUUUAGAUCAACAAGACAAACACAUCUAGAGGAACCGUACAUCGUGCUCAUUGCUAUCAGUAGUUUGGCGGGAAUUAUUAUAUUGCUUACUACUACAUACUUGCGAUGUAGAAAGUUCCCUGAAAAUAACUUUGGCACAGUGAAAAUGAGCGAAAUUAAAGUAAUCGAAUAAUCUUUCUUGAUACACAAAGGAUAUUAAUAAAAUGUAGAGGUUUAAUAUUUGUUAAUGUUUUAAUAUGUAUUUUUUCUUAGACACGGGUGCAGGAAAAUUUACGCUUCAAAAUGGUGCAAUUCACUUUAAAAUUCCCGCUCUAGUUUGAGUUAAACUAAUUUAAUUUUUUUUCUAUUUUAUGCAAGUUAAUCAUUUACAGCUAGUGUGUUAUAAACUCGUUUAAGGUCGAAAUUACCAAACGUAUUAAAAGUUCAUUAGGGAAGAAAACGUAACUUAAUUUACCAGGAAUGAUCGAAAUACUGUUGUUUUAUAAUUUGUAAUGACAUUUUAAUCAAGUUAUUUGUACCCAUCAUGUGUCACUAUACAUAGUAAUUUACGUUGGAUAUGCAAUGGGAAAUCGUUCCUUCCUAUAUAAUGCCUCUCUAUGCCCACCUUGAGGUUAGUUGCCGCAACUAGGCGUAUUCGUUGAGUCGUGGUCCUGGGAUGGUUUAGUAUUGUACUUUUUAAAGCAACAUUAUGUUAUUCUUUGCUAGGUAAUGUUGUGAUUAAAGUGAAUAUUAAAUCCUUUAUGAAGACAUAACAGUUUUUCGUAUU